AUGAAUACAACACAGGACAUAUCGAAGGUAAAUCAGCUAAACAUUGUUGAGAGGUAUGCAGUAAUAACCAGAUCGGAAAAUGGAGAGCCAAUUGAUAUAGAAGUAAAAGAAGUGUUUCUAGGCUUUUAUGCAGCCAUCAAAUAUGGCGCAGUAGAUUUAGUCAACCAAGUGACAACAUUAUUUAUCGACAAAAAUAUUGAUUUAAAAAAAUGUGUGAGGCAAAGCUAUGAUGGAGCCAGUGUGAUGAGUGGUGUGUAUAAUGGUGUACUAAAACAUAUUAAGGAUAUCCAGCCUAACGCAGAGUACGUACAUGGUGCCACUCAUAACUUAAAUUUGGUGAUAAAUGAUGCCGUUAGCAGUUGUGUGGAAAUACAGAUUUUCUUCGCAACGUUGCAAGAUUUGUAUAACUUUUUCGGAAACAGCAUCAAACGUUGGGAUCUACUGUCAAAAUUCACUGGCGAAUCGGACACCACUCUAAAAAAACUAAAUCCGACUAGAUGGUCCAGUAGGGUCAAUACGAUAUGUGCAAUAAAACUUCGUUAUUUUGAUAUUAUCAAAGCAUUAUCAGAAAUAGUUAUAAAGAGUCCUAAUAAAGAUGAGCGUAGUGAAGCAGAGAGUAUUAAAACAAAAAUGCUGAAUUUCGAGUUCGUGUUUCUUUGCGAGUUCAUGCACAGUGUAUUGAACGACAUCAAUUAUGCAUCCAAAACUUUACAAAAAUGCGGCAUCGAUUUGGGCGAGGCGAGUAAAGUUGUAGCAGAGACCAAAGCAAAGUUGCAAAUUUAUAGAAAUGAUUUCGAAUUAUUCAAGUGCAAAGCCAGUGAAACUGCAAGAAAAUCAGGUGCUGAUACCCAUUUUUAA